AAUGAUUUUGUCUCCCUAGUUCUAGUGUAUGCCUAGUAUUUACCAAUUACCAAAUCCUGUCAAUUUAAAAUAAUAUUUAGAUUUUAGAGUGAUGAAAUUGAAACUGAAAGUUGAAUUGAGUUAAUAUGAAUAAAGUAUUUAAUACCUAAAUGAAAUUGUGAGGAGAAUGUAGCUUUUCAUAAUAUGUAUACCUACUACUUUAUUGAAUUAUUAUAAUUUUACAUCUGUGCUUGGUAUUAGGAAGAUUGAUAUAAAUUUCAAUGAACAACAAGUAAUAAGUACUUACAAAAAAAAAAUCAAGAAUUUUAUAGGCAACAUUAAGAUUGUUUAUGUCAUAGUUUGAUAAUAUUGAUGUAUAAUAUUAUUAAUUUGUAAAUAUUGGACUAAAUUAUGGAGAACACAGAGGCUUCUCUAAAUGAAUACAAAAAUCAGUUGCUCAUAGUUAAACAGAAUUUAGAGACAACAGCUGAUUCAAAUCAACGUAAAUCUUUAUUAGAACUGCAAUCAGAGUUAGAACAAUUAAUUGCUUUGACAGAAGAGAGUUUGGAUGUUCAUAAUGAUAAUAAUAAACCUAAAGAUGAUUUGGAUGAUGAAUAUAAAUUAUUUAUGCAAGAAAUGGAGCAAACCGGAGCAUAUAAUGGUGACCCAAAUAAGUCAGAAACCAAUAUUCAAAAUGGAGACAGUGAUAUAGAGGAUGAGUUGGCUUCCUUACUUGGAAUGAAGUGUGCUGUUUACCAUACACAUACAUGGGGAGGGCAGCCCACCUUACACAAUGCAAUGGUUAGCUCGGUAGUGCCUCGUCAGGAAGAUGAUAAGUUUAGUGAUUUACAGGUCAGGGUGUUGUUCACUCAUCCAACUCAUACUGAAAUGAUACCAUGUCCAUAUUAUUUGAACGGAGACUGUAAAUUUGAUGAUGAUCAAUGUAGAUAUUCACAUGGUUCCAUAGUUCAAUUAUCUAAUUUAAAGGAAGCUAUUGAGCCCAACUUUGAAGGUCUGAAAGUGGGUAGUCGGAUAUUAUUAAAACUUAAAGCGCCAGAUGAGGAGGUAAAAAGUACAGCCAAAAUGUCGACAGAGAAAUACCACUUGUGGCAUAGAGCGAUUGUGAAGACGAUAGAUAUGGAGAAGAGAUGUUGUGUGGCUAAAUUGGAGCAGGGUGUCAAAUGUGGGGAGAAGAGGAAAUCUAUUAGUGACCAACAGUUUGUCCACUUUGAGGAGAUAUUCCCGCUGAGCAAUGAUAAUGAUGAGAGCAGUGAUUCAGAGGACAGUUUGAGUGACACUGAAUAUCCUUCAAGUAAAAUGUCUCAUAGUGAGAGUUAUCAAGCAGCACUCGUGGAGAAAAGCCUGCAGCACCCGGCGCCGGCCAUGGGAGGCUGGGAACAACACACAAGAGGCAUGGGAUCGAAGUUAAUGAUGGCUAUGGGCUACGUGCCCGGUACUGGGCUAGGGGCGACCGGUGACGGCCGGUUAGAGCCUGUUGAGGCGAGAAUGGUACCCCUCGGCAAAUCUCUGGAUCACUGCAUGGAGAUCUCCCAGCGAGCCGCAGGGCAGGACCCGCUCAAGAUUGAACAAAUGAUGAAACGACGACAAAAAAAAGAAGAAGAAAGAAAUAAGCGAGCUUAUGAAAGAGAGAAAGAGAGGGAGCGUCGGAAUGUGUUCAACUUUUUGAAUAAAACUAUAGGAGACAGUGCUGGUACAUGUGAAACGUCGUCGUCGACCUCCAUCGACAUCAAACAAACGAGCAGCAAGGAGCUCAACAUAGAACGGUUCAAAAUUGAAGAAGGGUCUAGGAAAAUAGAGAAUGAAAUUAGCAAACUAAAAACUAUUUUAGCUAAGUAUCCUCAGGGAUCUAACGGUCAUAGGAGUGUGAGUUUGCAAAUAUCAGAGAAAAACAGAGAGUUAGGAGUACUUAAGCAGCAAGAGACACAAAUCAACAGAGAACAGAAGAAUAGAAAGGACAAACAAAAAAUGACGGUAUUCUAACAUAAUAACGCGUGUGCUUGUUGUGGUCAAUCAAAAUAUACCACUUGGUGGUGUCCGUUUAGUUUAAGUUAUUAAUAAUGUCAAUAAAAUUAUACCUUGAAGUUAUUUAUUAAA